AUGGUGUUUUUAAGCGUAGUCAACUUCAUAAGAUGCAGAGGGCCCGAUGAAAUAUGGAGGAAAAGGAAAAUUUUUAAAAUAGCAUCUCAUUUUAUUGGUCGACGUCGAAACUGUUACUCUGUGGCUGUACGGAAUGUCCAUCGUGCUCUUGUUUACGGUUCAAAAGCACGUUACUUGAAGAAGGAUGAUAUGAAAAACUUGUGGGACACCAGAAUAACUGCUGCUUGCGAGCAACACAAUAUCACAGCAUAUACACUUAGAGAAGGAUUAGAUCGUGCUAAUAUAAUGCUCGACCGGAAAUCUCUAUCAGAUUUGGCCUCAUGGGAACCGAGAACAUUUGAAAGUCUUGCUGCCGUUGCAAAAGAGAAACUUCGCCUAGAUGGUUUUAUAGAUACUACUGAUAAAAAUGAACCUACUGGAAGGGAUUUAGACCUUAGUAACAUAUUUUUAAAUGGCUUAAAAGAAACAAAAUAG